GGGCGUAGUAACACAAAAUGGCGAUUGAAAAAACAAGUAGUUCCACGAUAAUAAAUAAUUUGCAUUAAAAAAAUUAUAUAACAUUUAAAUAAACAUUUAAUAAUAAAUAUUAAAUUUAUACAUUAAUAGUAUACAUAUAUUUAUAAAUAAAUUGUAUAGUUGAAUAAUUAUUAAAGUGUAUUAAUUGUUGUUUAAAAAUUAAUGAAAAAAAUGAAAUAUUGUAGUGCGGUCAGUGAUGCCGUAGCCAAGGAGACCAUGGAUAUCAGACAACUGACAUUCUGACCGGUCCUUGUCGUCAACGACAUUAUAAAUAAAUAAAUUAUAUAUAUAAAAAUGUUGUUGUUGAUCAACAACAUAUUAAUUUAAUAUUAUAAAUUUUUAUUAUAUUUAAAUAACAAUAAUUAAACUGUGAACCGUUUUUUCUAUGAAAUUUUUUCUUUCUUUUUGAGUAAACACAAUCUUUAAACCGGUGCUCAUUUUUUUUUUUUACUCAUUUAAUGAGAAACGUCAUCCACGAGGAGUUUAUAUUGUGUGUUAACUGUCAAAAAUGUCAAUAAUAUUUAUUGACAAUUAUUUGAUGAUUUUAUAAUUAAAUUAAUUUAAAAAAAAAUAAAAAAUAAUUGAGUUUCGUGAAACAGGAACAUUGUCGUCAUCAUCAUCAUCAUCAUCAUCUACACCAUCACCGUCAUUCAUAAAUAUAGAAAAAUUUAAAAACGAUUGUGAUAGAGAUAUUAGUGAGGGUGUUAUUGCCAUGACUACAACUGGAGCCCAGUAUGCUCUUGCAGCAUCAACUGGAACUGGUCAUGGCGGGGGUAAUUCAAAUGUUGUAGAGGUGGAUGAUAAACCUAAUAUUGUCGUUGUCACAACAUCAAGUACCAGUGCCGUUGGUAGUGUUGCACAAUCACAGACAAGAGGUCAACAACUUAUUACUGUUGUUACAAGUACUGAUCCAUCAAAUAAUAAUAAUCUUCAACCAAUACAGCUUGUUGUACAGGAUUCAUUGGAAAACGCUGCUGAUUCAUCAAAUGGUUCAUCUGGCACACAGUCACAUGUAGUUGUUAAUACAUCACAUUCUGGUCAUACAAUUAUUGAUUCAGACGCAGCAUCAUCAUCAACUGGUACAAUUGUCAGUGAAUCACCACACUACAUUACUGUUACUGUGGCUGGUGAAUCAGAGAACGUGGGUUCUGAGUCUGUUUCUCAUCCUACUUAUGUCCAGUAUGUCGAGGGGGAUGGAUCAACUUAUAAUCUUACAAAUGGACAAAUGACAUAUCCAGUGUAUACUGUCGGAGAGACAGGAGCAAUGUACACUCCUGCCUCGAGUCAGUAUUACACAUCAACAAACACACCAGUAACAUAUGCUCAGGUAUCGGGACAAGCAACAAACACAACUGGUCAACUUUUAUCACAAGGAAAUGGAACAUAUUUAAUACAACAAAGUGUUGUUGAUAAUGAUCCAACAACUCAUACUCUCAUAACAGCAGCAGCACGAGCAAGUCCACAAACUGAUUCAGCUGAGGCUGUGGUUAGCGGGGGUGGCGGGGCAUACUUGAUCAGUGGUAAUGCUGGAGGUGCAACUAUCAGCGUUGAAGAGGCUGCCACAGCAGCAGCAAACAUGACGCAUGCCACUAGGGUCUCACAGGCCACCGUAAGCCAUAUCGACUCCCCAUUUGUUCAAUGGCUUUUGGAAAAUUAUGAAACAGCAGAUGGUGUAUCAUUGCCACGUUCAACACUUUACAAUCAUUAUUUACGUCAUUGUAUUGAUAAUAAAUUAGAUCCAGUUAAUGCUGCUAGUUUUGGUAAAUUAAUAAGAUCAGUAUUUCUUGGUUUACGAACACGUCGUCUAGGCACAAGAGGUAAUUCAAAAUAUCAUUAUUAUGGAAUUCGUGUAAAGCCAAAUUCUUCAUUAAAUAUGCUUGAUGAAGACGGACGUAGAAAUAUAUCAAAUUCAACAAAUCAAACAAAACGAUCAAAAUUUAUAAAUCCAAAACAAGAACAAGCCUACGAUAAUAAUUCACAUAAUAAUACAAAUGUAACGUCAAACACAACAAUACCACAGUAUCAUCAAUUUCUUGGUGAGGCUAGUAUUGCUAUACCAGAAUUUCCAGAAAUAAUUGUUGGUCAUGGAUCAUCACUUCCUGAAGAUUGUACACUUGAAGAUAUUGAUACAUUUAGAAGUAUUUAUCGUGAACAUUGUGAGGCAUUUUUAGAUGCUGUAUUAAAUUUUGAAUUUGCAACUGUUGAAAGUUUGUGGAGAGAAUUUUGGCGUAGUCAAGAUAAUAAUAAUGGUGAUGAAUGUGAAGAAGAAAAAUAUUUAUCAAAAACAAAAUUGUAUCAAAUGUGUAAGUGUUGUGAAGUACAGGAAUUUAUAAAAACAGUUGAUUACACAUUUUAUCAAAAUUUAGUAGAAGUUUUAAUGCCAGAUGUUCUUCGACCAAUACCAAGUACAUUGACCCAGUCAAUUAGAAAUUUUGCAAAAGGUCUUGAAUCAUGGCUGACUGCUGCAAUGAAUGACUGUCCUGAAGAAAUGAUGCAAAUAAAAUUGACAGCUGUAUCAGCAUUUGCUCAAACUCUCAGACGAUAUACUUCCUUGAAUCAUCUUGCUCAGGCUGCACGUGCUGUAUUACAAAAUUCUAGUCAAAUAAAUCAAAUGUUAGCUGAUUUAAAUCGUGUUGAUUUUCACAAUGUACAAGAACAGGCCUCCUGGGUAUGCCAAUGUGAUUAUACAGUUGUACAACGUUUAGAAGCUGAUUUUAAAGUAACAUUACAACAACAAAAUUCACUUGAACAAUGGGCAAUUUGGUUGAAGAGUGUUGUAACACAAGUUUUAAAACCUUACGAGGGUAAACCAACAUUUGCCAAAGCUGCUCGUCAAUUUUUACUUAAAUGGUCUUUCUACAGUUCAAUGGUUAUUCGUGAUCUUACAUUGAGAAGUGCUGCAAGUUUUGGAUCAUUUCAUCUUAUACGAUUACUUUAUGAUGAGUACAUGUUUUAUUUAAUUGAACAUCAAGUUGCACUUGCUACUGGAACAACUCCAAUUGCUGUUAUGGGAGAUAAAAAUCAGGGUUGUCAAAUAAUCAGUAGCUUUGGAAAUACAUCAAAUGGAGAUACAUCGAAUACAAAUCAAUCAAAACGCAUGAAAAUGAGCUAACUGAGUGAUAGCAUUUUUUAGUUAUAAAAUAGCCAUGUCAGUACACAAAUAUUUUACCAAUAAUGACAAAAAAAGUAAAAAAGAAAAAAAAAAUGUCAAAUAAGGCCUAUCAAAUUAAGUAGAUCUAAUAGACUAAUAGAUAAAUUUUAAUUAUCUAAUAUCAAAGAAAGAAAUAAAAAUAAAAAAGACAAAUUCCCUUAGGACGUACCAAGUUUAAUAAUAAAAAAAUAUAUAGAUAAAAAAAUAUUAUCGUGAUAACUUGGUAAAUAAUGUAAAUGAAAAAUAAAAAAUUAAUGAUUAUUUAUUUAUCGAUAAUAUUAAAAACAAGGUCUAGUCGAAAUAUCAACGAUUUGAUAAAAGGGACCAUGAUUAUUUCAUGUCCUAAAAUUAAAACGAUAUAUAUUAUUAUUUUUUUUUGAAUAAAAUUCAAUCGAAAAAUUGACAAAGAGUAUUUAAAAUUUAGCUAAGGCUGGAUAUAAAAUUAAACUGAAAAAAUGAUCCUUAAUCGCCCGUCCUUUGCACAAACGCGCGGUUCAAUGUGUAAUAAUAAUUCCGCCCUAUUGAUUAUUAUU